CUACUAUUUAUCAGACUGAGUUUUAAUUGGAUAAUAAUGUAAAGUAUACAAUAAAAAGAGAAUGAGUGCAUGUACAAGAGCUGCAUUCAUCAUUCUUUUUUUUUUUUUUUUUAACAAUGUAUAAUUUGCUAAGUGGGUUUUAUCAACAUCUCACAAGAAAAGAAGAAUAUUAUGUUCUCAUUAUUGGCCUUGACAAUGCAGGAAAAACAACAUUGUUGGAACGUAUAAAGUCCAUUUAUAUGGGAAUAACAGGCUUAGAUCCAGAUAAAAUUGCACCUACAGUAGGAUUAAAUAUUGGCAGAGUGAACAUCAAGUCAACACGAAUUAAUUUUUGGGAUUUAGGAGGACAAAAAGAUUUACAAUCCAUUUGGGAAAGAUAUUAUUCAGAAUGUCAUGCAAUUGUCUUUGUUGUCGAUUCAACAGAUCCUGUCCGUUUAGAUGAAUGUCGAGAUACCUUUGAGAAAAUGAUUACAAAUGAUGCAGUAGAAGGAGUACCUAUAUUGAUGCUUGCUAAUAAACAAGAUAUUCCUCGAGCUUUAAAGGUAGAGGAAAUAAAGGAGGUGUUUAAUAAGAUUGCAAUCAAGUUAGGAGCGCGUGAUUCGAGAGUAUUGCCUGUCAGUGCUUUAGAAGGAAAUGGGGUUGAAGACGCUAUAGAUUGGUUAGUAUUACGGUUACAGCGAAAUAAGAUAAACCGGCCACCAGUGUUUCGUUGAAACGUAUUUAUUAUAAAUGUAACCACUAUGUACAUAUAAUAAAGAAAAAGAGGACUACAUUGUUUUUUUUAAUUUUUGGCGUUUCAAAUAUAAUAAAAAGGAUGAUGAUCAUAAUAACGCAUGACUUUUAUAUUAAUUUUCAAUAGAGCGAGGGGCUAGUGUUGCAAAAGUAUUACAACGUACUCAUCAAAAUAAAACAAGAAAAAAUAGAAUAAAAAAAAAUAAAAAUAAUAAAAAAAAAA